UAAUUAAUUACAGUAAUUAAGGAGGCAUCAGAACUAACUUAAUCGAUCAAUCUUCAAUGGCUUCUAAAAGUUAUCAGUUUGUUUGCUUUGCCAUUGUUGCAAUUAUUCUUCCCACAGUGGCCAUGGCAACUGAUUACGUAGUUGGUGAUGAUGAAGGCUGGAAAGUUGGCGUUAACUACACUGAAUGGGCUAAGGACAAAGUAUUUUACGUUGGUGACAGAUUAGUGUUCCAGUACCAGUCACCACACAAUGUAUACAAAGUGAAUGGAGAUCAGUUCAAGAAUUGCAUACCUUCCAAUGAUCUUUUGAACACUGGAAACGACACAAUCCCCCUUGGGAAACCAGGCAAGAAAUGGUACAUAUGCGGCGCUACUGGUCACUGUGCUCAAGGCCAGAAGCUAGUCAUUAAUGUCGAAUCUAAUGGUCCAAUAUCUGAUGCACCAGAAUCUAAUGGUCCAAUAUCAGCACCAGCACCAACUCCAGAAUCCAAUGAUUCCUACACAUUUGUCUCAUCUUGGUUUCAGAUUUUGAUUGCAGCUGUGGUUGCAAUUGCAAUUGUUACACUAUGAUCCCAAGAAUCAUCAUAGACAUAUUGAGUUUACUUCUCAACAAUAAGGUUUUAGCAUGGAUACAAUUAUUGUUAUUUUUAUUAAUUUUAUUUCUGUGUUGUGAUGCAGCACUUGCCUUUAAUAAGCUGCCAUUCCUUGUAUUAGAUUUUUAUUUUCUUUUGUGAGGAGCAAUUUUGUAUUGGCAUUCUCUUGAAAUGGAAUUUAUUAACAAUGA